AUGGAGAAGAGAGAAGUCAGAGAAACUCCAAUGGGAAGCAUUGCAGAGAACCUUCUUAAAGCCCAAGAAAUAGCCCUCAAUGAUUCUCAUGUACCUGAACAACUCAAGAAUUACUUACAGAAAGCUCUUGUUGUUGCCCUUGGACUGGACCCUUAUCUGAUUGCAAUGGCAACUUCAAAGAGAAAAGUGUCACCUGCUCAUGGCUCAGGGGAUGCUGGAGGAACCAAAGCCAGAGUUAAGCCACUCCAAGAGGACACUUCUGGGUGUUUGAAUGGCAAGUUGAUCAAUCAAAAUGAUAAAAUGGCUCCUGAUCAGUGCCACAUUUUUAGGAUGUUUAUUCAUCUGAUCAGAGCCAGGAAGAUUUUAUUAAUUGGCAAGCUUAAAGGUUACAGUAUCCUUGCUAUCGCAGAAGAAUUGCCAGAUGAUGGCAAAAUCUUUGCAUGUGCAGAAGUGCCGUAUCUCGGAGUGAACAGCCAAGAAGCAUUUGAUUAUUCUUCAGAUGGUGAAAAGAUAAGCAUGCGAGUGGGACCGAUAGCAGACACGCUGGAGGCAUUACAUGCUGAGGAUGAGCACUUUGAUAUAGUCUUUAUUGAUGCUGAUCAAAGGAAUGCUGUUAACUACUACAGCUUUGUCAUGGAUAACCACUUGCUGAGAAUGGAUGGAGUGAUCUGUGUAGAGAAUACACUCAUGAAAGGACAAGUCUACCUGGAGAACAUAUCUGAGGAAAAUGUACUAGCUGUCAGAAAAUUAAAUACAGUGAUUAAUUCAGAUCCUCGUGUUGAGCAGAUAAUUUUACCUGUGCAAAGUGGGCUGAGCAUCAUUCGAAGGAGCCUUCUGGUACUGAGCUUUGCCUCAGAUUGCUAUGUGUAUUUGUCUUCAUUUUAGAAAGAAGUGAUAAGGGAUGAUGUUUUCUGGGGUUAUAAGAAGAACCGCAUCCUUGACCGGCUGCGUUUGGAUGACAAGGUGGCCUACGUCACCGGCGGAGGGCAGGGAAUCGGGAGGGCCUUUGCUCAUGCGCUGGGAGAAGCUGGUGCUAAAGUGGCUGUGGUGGACUUGGUCCUUGCAAAGGCAGAAGCAGUGGCGUGUGAGCUCAACCUCAAAGGGAUUAAAAGCAUUGCCCUUGCAGCAGAUGUGAGCAAACCCGAGGAUGUGCAAAGGAUUGUUGAUACCAUUGUAGCUCGAUGGGGUACGAUUGACAUUGCAUGCAACAAUGCUGGAAUCAAUAUGAAUUCUGCAAGUGAAGAUACUUCACUAGAAGAAUGGGACAAAACUUUCAAUGUCAAUUUACGAGGACUAUUUUUGUGCUGCCAAGCUGCAGGCCGCAUUAUGCUGAAUCAAGGAUAUGGGAAGAUAAUUAACACAGCAUCUAUGGCAAGUUUAAUAGUUCCGCACCCGCAGAAGCAGUUGGCGUAUAAUGCCUCCAAAGCCGGGGUCGUAAAAUUAACACAGACGUUAGGAACGGAAUGGAUUGACAGAGGAGUAAAAGUCAACUGCAUUUCCCCAGGCAUCGUGGACACACCGCUCAUCCACUCCCCGGAACUGCGGCCAUUGGUGCAGCGCUGGCUGGCUGACAUCCCUGCUGCCAGGCUGGCACGGGUCACUGACCUGCAGGCUGCCGUUGUCUACUUGGCCUCUGAAGCUUCAGACUACAUGACGGGUCACAACCUGGUCAUUGAGGGCGGCCAGAGCCUGUGGUGAGAGCCCACCAGCCUCCCUUCUUGGGAAUGCGUUCACUUAGGGUGGUAGAGUUAAGCACAAUCACAGU